AUGACGUCUUCGACGCCCCAGACGGAGGCUGGGCCGUCGUCCUCGUCCAGAUCUCCCCCUUCCACGAGCACCUCUACCGACUUUACAAAUCCUCGCUUGCGUACUGCGCGGACAAUACCCCCCUGGGUUGUCACCAACGAUGAGGGACGACCGAUCACCGACGAACAACGGCGAUUGCUGAACCCUCCUCGGCCCUCUGCCGCGCCCCAGCGCAAUUCCAACCCUCAGCCACCCCAACGACGAGUCUCAAAGGACGGCUUCGUCUCUUGGGAUGAUCCUAAGCUGGGCCCUCCUCAGAAUGAGCGCGGCCGCAUACCACACCUGUUCAAAUAUGGGCGGGCAGACGCGCGAGGCAGGAAAUGGGACCACCUUCGAACCGCCGAACCGGUCAUUGUUUCGUCCCAUCCUUCGACGUUUCAACAACCGUCCGUCACGUGGGCAGAAUUCAUACGUUCGUCGGCCUGGGGACGCCCGCGCAACGAACAUAGUGAAGUCAUCGACAUCGAGGCUCUCAACCGGCUGCAGCCCAACUUCAACAAGGAAAUGGAGUUGCCUUUGAACACAGCCGAUCAUAAGCACGACCGGCGGCGCAAAUCUGCAUUUUCCAAACGCAUGUGGCGCCAAAUACUGAAUAGCUCCCUCUCCCCCUUGGUCUUCCGAUUGGUCGUCAUCAUCAUGUCCACGGUAGCCUUGGCCAUUGCCAUCAGGACCGAGCAGGACACCAGGGUCCGAGGCGAUGGCGCUGAGCGCACGCAGUCCGUCUUUGCAAUUGUGGUGGACUGCGUAUCUAUUCCCUUCAACGGAUACAUGAUAUGGGACGAGUAUACGGGGAAGCCGCUUGGUCUGCGCUCUGCCUUUUCCAAGAUGUCUCUCAUACUACUCGACCUGUUCUUCAUCAUCUUCAAGUCAGCCUGCACAGCUCUAGCGUUUGAGCACGUCAUCUACCACGAAUUUGGGGACGAGGAUAUAAUGGGGCUAUCUGAGGGUCUUGCAUCCGUCAUGCUUCUCGGCCUUGUCGCGUGGACUGUGAAUUUGACUGUCAAUAUAUUCCGAGUGGUUGACCGGCUGGGGGGCCGCGAGGAGGAAAUGCGAUGA